GUUCUUGAGUAUUUUCGCAUUGGAAUACUCUUGUGAGCUCUUACGCUGGGAACACCCUUGAGCACUUCCAAGCUGGGAACACCUUUGAGAGCUUCCAUGCUUGGAACACCUUGGGCGCUUUUGUGUUUGGAACACCUUGGGCGCUUCUCUUCUUGGAACACUUCUGAGCGCUAUCACAUUUGGAACACCCUUGAGCACUUCCAUAUUUGGAACACCUGCUUCGGUGCUUGUAACACCUUCUGUGAUUCUGCGCUUGGAAUACUCUUGGGCAUUUCUGCACUUGAAACACCCUUGGGUGCUUCCGCACUUGAAACACCCUUAAGUCUUCUCUCUCAUUUUCUUGAAUGUCAUAUAAAUCACUCGAUUUUCUGGAAGACUCUUGCCCCUGUCACCGUGAGUCUAAUUCUAAUCCAUUUAUUCAUUCAGUCAUUAUAUACGUUUAUGUUCUUCCUGAAGCAAAACCAAAAACACAUAAAACUAUGGCAGAAAGCAGGUGGUGAGCCUCUGGCAGGGGCGCUCGGGAAGGUUAUUCACACGCAGUUUGGUUCUCUGGAACGGUUGAUUGACAAAAUCAAUAAGGAAGGUGCUGCUUUGCAAGGCUCUGGCUGGGUGUGGCUUGCUCUUGAUAAAGAAAAUGAACUCAAGAAGCUUUCCAUUGAAACCACCGCAAAACAGUUGUUGUAUGUUAAUUGAUGUGCAGCUGCAACAUAUACAAGGGGCCUUGAAUAUGGAACUUUUUGCAGGAUCCACUCGUGACCAAAGGAUCCAGCUUUAGUUCCUUUGUUGGGGGUUGACGUCUGGGAGCAUGCAUACUACUUACAGGUGCAUCUUCCUAUCCUUCACAUUUGAUCUGCAUCUGCUUAUAUAUGACUCCUGAGUCCUGACAGCCAAGAAUCUGGUUGGUUGAUCCAUUGUGCUACACGUACAGUUUUUCUUUUUAAAGUGCCUUAUCAGAUGAAAUCCAGGGAAUUUUCUGGAACUAAAAUUUAAUGUGAAACUUCUGUCAGCUGCCAAGAAUUAAA